AUGGUCGACUGCGAUAAGCAUCCCGAAAACAGCGCUUGCGAGAAGCCCGUCAGCGACGUGCUCAAGACCGCCGUGCCUAUAUGCAUCUUUGCCGUCAUCUUCACGGGCGCCGGCAUCGUCUUCUUCCUCGUCAUGCGCAAGCGCCGCAUAGCAGAUCGCCUGGCCGAAGAGAGGGCAGCACAAAAGUACCGCGACAUGGGUUUCGACGACGACGAGCCGCGCCGACCGAAGAAGGGUUCUCGCCCUGCUCCUGCUGCGCCCUCGGCCCGCUCCAAUGCCGCCAACCGCCAGAGCAUGGGCCCCGCUACCGAUCCGUCCUUCAGUUACGAGGCGAAUCCAAACAUGUACCUGCGCAAUGAGGGCAGCUCCUACAAGCUGUCGCAACUGCACCCCUCGCUCGAGGGCCAGCAAACACCCACCAAGUCGAAGGAGUUUGUCUAG